AUGGACAAUCCAGAGACACUUUUUGCCGACUGCUACAAAAAUGGGCCCGAGCAACAGAGAAAUGGGAAACCCAGACCAGCGAGUUUACCCUCCCAGACCUGCGAGUCACCCUCCCAGACCAACGAGUUACCCUCCCAGACCAGCGAGUCACCCUUCCAGACCUGCGAGUCACCCUCCCAGACCUGCGAGUCACCCUCCCAGACCUGCGAGUCACCCUCCCUGACCAGCGAGUCACCCUCCCAGACCAGCGAGUCACCCUCCCAGACCUGCGAGUCACCCUCCCAGACCUGCGAGUCACCCUCCCAGACCAGCGAGUCACCCUCCCAGACCAGCGAGUCACCCUCCCUGCCCAGCGAGUCUCCCUCCCAGACCAGCGAGUCACCCUCCCUGACCAGCGAGUCACCCUCCCAGACCAGCGAGUCACCCUCCCAGACCUGCGAGUCACCCUCCCAGACCAGUGAGUCACCCUCCCAGACCUGCGAGUCACCCUCCCUGACCAGCGAGUCACCCUCCCAGACCUGCGAGUCUCCCUCCCAGACCAGCGAGUCACCCUCCCAGACCAGCGAGUCACCCUCCCAGACCAGCGAGUCACCCUCCCAGACCAGCGAGUCACCCUCCCAGACCAGCGAGUCACCCUCCCAGUCCAGCGAGUCACCCUCCCAGAACUGCGGAGGACCUGCACCAACAGGACCUACCCUCCAGACCACAUCACCAGCAUUCACAUCUGUUCCAACCUGUCAACCCCUCCCCAAACAUAACCUAGCCACACUCUGUAUCGGCCUCUCCAGAUCAGUCGUAUACUCCUUCCUUCCCAACCACCAUGACCCCCCCCCCCCCAGCAAGGACCUCAACAUGACAGCAGAACAUAUGCCCAGGCCGCAGAGCAACAGGCCCAACCCCCACUAUUACACCCCCCCAAACCCCAUCCUGUGA